AUGUGGACCUCGGGUGCUCCGAUUGCAUCACAUGGUUGGUCCACAAGAUACGGCAUGCAUCAAAAUUAUUUGAGCAUGCCCACUGUCUAGACAAGCAUUCUUCCAUGAGGAAAUCCUCUAUAAAACAUGAAAGAUGGGGUGUAAGUUGAGUUGUCUUAGUUGACUCAUCGUGUUGUUGUGUAGUUGUGAACAUUUGAACAUGUGGAUGCCUUUACUUGAAAUAGCGUGUUGUUGGCGUGGUGUGUGUGUGGCUCUUUAGAAAAUUUCAAAAUAGAGUGGAAACAACUAUGUACCGCCUUUUGGAAAAUAUUUCAUUCAGUUUUCUUUGUUUUGAUUUGAUAUUGGAAAGGGGUUUAAAACUAACUUCAUUGCAAACAUGGACUAAGUAAAAAACAUGCCAAAGGGCCAUUCAAUUUUUUGAUGUCUCUGCUGUCAGGUGGGUCCACCUUAGUUUAUAUGCUCAUCUCCCACACCCUCAGAUGUGUAACGUACCCUACUAUAUAUAAACCACCUGGCCCUGAUUUGAACCAACCUAGAUCUCAUCCCCUCCCCCUCCCCCCUCUACCAAGUGGCGGCGGUAGGCAAGACAUGGGAGGAACAUGGCAGUGAAGGGCGACCAAGGAAUAGCUCCACUUGACGGGUCUGGGAUCAAGUUGCGACCACCGGGUCAAGCAACGAAGAUCUAGCAAAGAGUAAGCGUUGAGAAAACGAGCACCGACGAAUCUCAACAUGGUAAGCAACUUGGUUCUAAUGUCGUCGAGCGGAUCUGGUCGCGGCGAUAACUCCAAUAGUAGCGGUGAUGAGUGGGUACCAAGAAGUCAACGACCACGGCAACAGAAAAGGCGAGCAAAGAAGGAAACACCUAUAGAGGUUACUCCAAUUCCAAUUGUUACUCCACCUGCAGUUCCUGCUUCAUCUCCUCAAGAGCAUGUAAACACAAAGGAAAGAGAAGGUACCAAAGAAGAUUGUACAACUAUGGCGAUCAAUGAUCGCAAAGUUACUCCGGUUCCAAGUGUUACUCCAUAUGUAGCUGUUACUCCAUCUCCUCAACAGCAUGCUAACACAAAGGAAAGAAAAAGUACUAAAGGAGAUGGUACAACUAUGGUGACUAAUGACUGCAAUGUUACUCUAGUUCCAACUAUUACUUCAUAUGUAUUCGUUACUCCAUAUCCUCAAGAUCAUGCCAACAGAAAGGAAAGAGAAAGUAUUAAAGAAGAUGCUACAACUUUUGUGAUUAACGAUCGCAAUGUUACUCCAACUCCAACUAUUACUCCAUAUCUAGCUGUUACUCCAUCUCCUCUAGAGCAUGCCAACACAAAGGAAAGAGAAAGUAAUAAAGAAGAUGCUACAACUGUGGUGAUCAAUGACCUCAAUGUAAGUGCACUAAAACCCCUCUUUAGACAUAGAGUUGAGAAAGUGAAGUAUCGUAUGGCUAAUUUUCUAGUAAGACGAAAAUAA